GCCGAGUCAUGGAUGGGUGUUGUUUAACAUGCACGCAACAAGGACAACAGCGCUCACAACAUGAGUACAGACUGUAGAUGUAAGCGAUGACAGAAUUAUUUCUAGGUAUUUCUUAUACUCUUCCCAGUCUUUCUCGUUAUAAUCGGUAUUUUGUGUUGAAACUGUGUAGCCGACAAAGCUAACAGCUAGCAGCUAACCUCUUUGAGUGGACUUGUUCAGUAACCUCUGUUACUGACACUGGAGUGUUAGCAUCGACUGUGAAGUGGACAGCAAGCUCCUGGUCAUUAAGCUGCAGCCAUGGUGUUCAUGCACAGCUACUGCGAAGCCAAUUCCUCCAUCUCCCUAACCUGGGUGGAUGAAGGCAUCUCCCCCUGCUUCUACUUCACUCUGGUCCCCACCAUCCUGCUAACCAUCGCCUUCUUCCUCGGCACCAUCCACUGCAUAUUCUACCAGAAGUAUGGCACAUCGAUGGAACCUAAAUUCAUCCCGCGCUCCCGUCUCUACGGGUUCCAGCAGUUUGUCUCCGGCCUCCUGCUGCUCCAGUUCCUGGGGUUGAUGGUGUGGCGGGCGGCCAGUGGGGGGGAGCUCCCGGGGUACGUGGUGCUGUACGGCUGCUUCUCUGCGCUGGGCUGGGCCUGGUCUAUAGCCCUGCUGAGGGUGGAGAGGCGUCGGGCCCUGCUGAUGGACCGGACCAGGGGCCACAGUGCGGCCCUGCUGCUGUUCUGGGCCGUGGCUUUCGCUGCGGAGAACCUGGCUUUCGUGUCCUGGUACAGCCCUCACUGGUGGUGGGGGAUGGAGAACAAUCAGCAACAGGUGCAGUUUGCCCUGUGGCUGCUGCGCUACAGCGGCACCGGGCUGCUCUUCUUCAUUGGUCUCAAAGCUCCGGGGUUGCCACGGAAACCGUACAUGCUACUGAUAAACGAGGAUGAGCGGGACGUAGAGACCGACCCACAGAGCCUGCUGGGCGGAGAACCGAACCAGUCCACCUGGCAGGGCUUCACCAAGAAGGCCCGCUUGCUGGUGCCCUACAUGUGGCCCCGAGGAAACGUCUUCCUCCAGAUGCUGGUCCUCUUCUGUCUCACGCUGCUGGGAUUCGAGCGAGCCAUUAACGUCUUUGUUCCCAUUUACUACAAGAAUAUUGUGAAUGAGCUGACUGAUGGCAGCAGCUGGAGGACUCUGGCCACCACAGUGUGUAUUUAUGUCCUGCUGAAGCUGUUGCAGGGUGGCGGUGCAGGGUCCUCUGGUUUCGUCAGUAACCUGCGCUCCUUCCUGUGGAUCCGGGUGCAGCAGUUCACUAACCGCGUGGUGCAGGUGCGUCUCUUCGGCCACCUGCACUCCCUCUCCCUGCGCUGGCACCUGGGUCGCAAAACAGGCGACGUUCUGCGGAGCAUCGACCGCGGGACGUCCUCCAUCAACAGCCUCCUCAGCUACAUAGUGUUCAGCAUCCUCCCAACCUUCGCUGAUAUUAUCAUUUCUAUCAUUUACUUCAUUACGUAUUUCAACGCCUGGUUCGGCCUCAUCGUGUUCGUCUGCAUGGCCCUGUACCUCACUCUGACCAUCAUCAUCACUGAGUGGAGGACCAAGUACAGGCGAGAGAUGAACCAGCUGGACAACAAAACUAAGACCAAAGCUGUGGACUCCUUGUUGAACUUCGAGACGGUGAAAUACUACAAUGCAGAGAACUAUGAGGUCAGCCGCUUUGAGGACGCCAUCUUGCAAUAUCAGGUGUCAGAGUGGAAGACCCAGGCGUCGCUGGCCUUCCUCAACCAAACCCAGAACCUCAUCAUCGGGUCGGGCCUGCUGGCCGGCUCCCUGCUCUGCGCCUACUUUGUGACGGAGGGGAAGUUUCAGGUUGGAGACUUUGUUCUCUUUGGUACCUACAUCAUCCAGCUGUACACCCCCCUCAACUGGUUUGGUACUUACUACAGAAUGAUCCAGAACUCUUUCAUUGACAUGGAGAGCAUGUUUGACCUUUUCGAAGAGGACGAAGAGGUGAAGGAUGUAAUGAAUGCAGGAAGUCUUCAAUACAAAAAGGGAAAAGUGGAGUUUGAGAACGUUUACUUCAGCUACGUAAACGGCAAGGAGAUCCUCAGGGAUGUGUCCUUCACCGUGCUUCCAGGACAGACGGUUGCCCUGGUGGGACCGUCCGGCUCAGGGAAGAGCACCAUCAUGAGACUCAUCUUCCGUUUCUAUGACGUUCAGGGAGGCUGCAUUAGCAUCGACGGGCAGGACAUAUCAAAAGUGAAGCAGGCCUCUCUGCGGUCUCACAUCGGCGUGGUUCCCCAGGACACCGUGCUGUUCAACGACACCAUCAGGAACAACAUCCGCUACGGCCGCAUCUCCGCCUGCGACCAGGAGGUGGAGGAGGCGGCCUCCGCGGCUGAUAUACACGACAAAAUCAUGACGUUCCCUGAAGGUUAUGAAACACAGGUCGGUGAAAGAGGUCUGAAGCUGAGUGGAGGAGAGAAGCAAAGGGUGGCCAUCGCCAGAACCAUCCUCAAAGCACCACAGAUCAUACUCCUGGACGAGGCCACAUCUGCUCUGGACACACAGACAGAACGCAACAUCCAGGCCUCGCUGAAUAAAGUCUGUACCAACAGAACAACAGUUGUCGUAGCUCACAGGCUGUCCACUAUAAUCGCAGCAGACCAGAUUCUGGUUAUCAGGGACGGCCGGGUCGCCGAGCGAGGACGGCACGAGGAGCUGCUGGCUAAGGGAGGCCUGUACGCUGACAUGUGGAUGAACCAGCAGCAAGCCCUGGACUGCGACUCCUCCUCAGAAACAGAAUCCAAAGACCUCAAGUCUGAGAAAAUGCAGCCGCCGUCCACCUCUGUAGACCACCACGGUCACUGAAUGUGCUUUUGAGUUUUUAUUACGGAGUCAAACUGAAAGUGUACUUGAGAGUAGAGAAGGUGCCUUCACCAAACUGAGGCGGCGCACACGAUCUGGUGGUGUCCAAAUGAUUUUUAUACCCCCAAAAGGUACAAUUAUUAUAAAUGAAAUCCGUCCUGAAUUAUUAUUUCCAAACGUAAUGAAAAGUAGUGCAUUAAGACCCAUGCAUUCAUCAGGGUAACUCCCAGUGUUUCAAUGUUUAACAUAUUUUUUUAAAGAUAUUAUUACAUUUAAAAGCCCUCCUGCUGCCAUCUUUUAACAUUGUCUUUAUUUUUAUAUGUUAGACAUGAAUUUUUUCGGUUUGUGCUGACUCAUUUAAAACAUAUUUUCUUAAUCUAAGUCCUGAUAUACACUAUUUAAAGAUAUAAAGGGAGAGGUGCAAGAAAUAGGGGUGAAUGAUGAAUGACAAUGGAUAUGUAAAUGAGCUGUCAAUAGGGAAUUUAUUCAGCUUGGUUUUAUUUAUUAUAUUACUUUGUUUUAGGUUUUCGAUAUGUGAGCUCUGCUGUUAUUUAAAUGUAAGUGAUACUUUUCUAUGUGCAAGCGUCUUUAUACUCUUGAUCACUAAACUAAAGUGAGGUGUGUUGCUCGUCUUAAGGGUUAAGGAAUAUUGAACAUUACAGAACCUGUGAUUUCUUUUUUUAAAGAACUGACUUUAGACUGGCUCAUUUACAUAUAAAGUGAUGCAGACAAUAAGAGCUGGCACUUGGAUAUUGAACCUCAGAUAUCCGUCAUAGCUGCUUCUUCUGCAUAAAGUCAAAUUAUCUGCUGUGAAAAA